AAAGGGGUUAAGGAAAUUGAAUUGCCUUCCACUACCGAUGAGGGCCAAAGGGAAGAAAAGGGUUAUUCUCCUAAUACUAAGGAAUCAGGAGAAGACCAUGUAAAGCAUGGUCAUGGCACAUCUAAGCAAAACUAAAGCGCAUUGACUCACAAGUCAGAAAACCCUGUAAAACAUUUACAUGGCACAUCUUAGCAAAACCAGUGGUCCGUGAAGGACAGUUAAGUGGUUUAAUUAUUAUCUCUCACCGCUUUUUAAUAGUUAUUGGGCUGAAAUAAAUUAUUGAGUUUGAGCCUCCUCUCUCUCUCCCCUUAACCAAAUUAGGGUUUUUGAGGUCUGUCAUCUUCUCGCCAAAUAGGUCAAUUAUGGGAGGAGGUAAUGGCCAAAAGUCUAAGAUGGCGCGCGAGAAGCACCUCGAGAAGGCUAAAGCCGCCGGGAAAGGAAGCCAGCUGGAAACUAACAAGAAAGCUAUGUCGAUUCAGUGCAAGGUAUGCAUGCAGACAUUUAUGUGCACAACGUCAGAGGUGAAGUGCAAGGAACAUGCUGAAGCAAAACAUCCAAAAUCUGAUCUGUAUGCCUGCUUCCCGCAUCUGAAGAAGUGAUGUAGUUGGAACAAGAAAAUGCUAUAUGUAGACUUAUUUCCUUAUGUAAAUCCUCAACUGUAAUUAUACACCCAGGAGAGUGUGUGCCUCAGACUGAGGAGCUGAUUGAUCCUCAUGUGACAUGCCCUUUCAAUUGGAGAUUGAUUCAUUCCUGCAUCUCUGUUAAAGUGAACAUUUUUGUUUAUUUGGGCU